ACUGACGUAAAACGCCUCUGUGACGUCACCACCUCCUUAUGACGCCACCUGAGGCAAUUCCAGCCGGGAUGUUGGGUUGGGAUCCUCUAGAAGCCUUGCUGGUCCCGUUACUCGUGUAGAAUGGCCUCACCCCUCCGAGGAAAGCCCUCUUUGUCCCGGGUGGAGACCAGCCACCACAAAGAGACGUCGACGGUCCGCGUGGAGACGUCGUCCCGCCGCGUGGAGACGUCUUCCAGACAGGUGCGAAUGUCUUCCCAGCAGGUGGAGACCUCCCAGCGCCUCAGUGAGGGGCCCUUCCUGACCCCCUCUGGGAAACGGGCCCCCCACGUCCUCGAGGUGUCCUCUGAGCACGUGGAGACCUCCUCGCAGCGCGCCGAGACUUCUUCCCGCCAUGUCAGGGCCUCAACCCGGCAAGUGGAGACGUCUCUGCACCGCGCGGAGAGCCCCCUCCGGCGGGACAUGCCCGCGGCUCGCCCGAAUGUGAAAAAGCCCUGGUGAAAGUCCUCCCGAGGGCCCGAGGGGCCUUGAGUCCUGCGAGGGGAAAGAACUGCCACCAGUGUGCAACCAGCAGGUGGCCCAGUCUUGGGUUUCAUGCAGACAGCUCAGAAAUCAAUGGAGGAAAUAGUCAAACUGCGCUUUCCAGACCCAUCCAGCUUUUAUUGACUGCCCUGCAUUUUGAGCACUUUGACCCAGUGAACGAUUUCACGUGAAGCCGCACAAAAGUGUUCAGGAUGAUAAAUUGGCUUGUUGGACGAACAGGCCGUUUGAACCACU